AUGCGUUACGCAUUCGUUGCUGCCGCCAUCAUUGGCGCGGUCUCCGCCACGGAAUAUGGCUGGGGCUACGGGGAGACACCACCUGGACCAGGAGGUCCACCGCCGCCGGGUAUGUCGCCUCCUCCUAUGCCUACGCCGCCGGGUAUGUCGGCUCCUCCUGGCUACCCGGUGAACUCCAUGCCUACUCCCUCUAUGCCGGAUGAGACAAGCACACCUACGCCCUCCAUGCCAGGCGUGAACAGUUCACCUACGCCCUCCAUGCCAGGCGUGAACAGUUCACCUACGCCCUCCAUGCCAGGCAUGAGCAGUUCACCUACGCCCUCCAUGCCAGGCAUGAGCAGUUCACCUACGCCCUCCAUGCCAGGCAUGAGCAGUUCACCUACGCCCUCCAUGCCAGGCAUGAGCAGUUCACCUACGCCCUCCAUGCCAGGCAUGAGCAGUUCACCUACGCCCUCCAUGCCUGGUGAGAGCAGUGCGCCCACUCCUUCUCAGCCUGAGAGCACGCCUUGCGAGUCUACGGCUACAAGUGCCUCCAUGUCGUCUCCUACUCCCUCCAUGCCUGGUGAGAGCAGUGCGCCCACCCCUUCCCAGCCAGAGAGCACGCCUUGCGAGUCUACAGUUACAAGUGCCUCCAUGUCGUCUCCUACUCCAUCCGGGACUGUGGGUACUCCUCUGUACUUCACCUCGUCUUCUGCACCGGCGACUACGGAGAUGACGACCUACAAGACCACCACUGUCUGCCCUACUACCGAAACACACGGCACUGAGAUCAUCACAACGUUGACCACUCAGAUCAUUACCGUCACCUCUUGCAAGGGUGGAUGCCACGAGCCAACUCCUACUCCAGACUACCCAGGCUACCCACCUUCUGGCGAGAAGCCUCCUACCCCAGACUACCCAGGCUACCCACCUUCUGGCGAGAAGCCUCCUACCCCAGACUACCCAGGCUACCCACCUUCUGGCGAGAAGCCUCCUACCCCAGACUACCCAGGCUACCCACCUUCUGGCGAGAAGACUCCCCCUGGCGAGAAGCCUCCUGCUCCAGGCUACCCAGGCUACCCACCUUCUGGCCAGAAGACUCCCCCUGGCGAGAAGCCUCCUGCUCCAGGCUACCCAGGCUACCCACCUUCUGGCAACAAGCCCAACCCUCCCCCGAACCACCCUGGCCAGCCACCAGCGGGCGAGAAGCCUCCUACCCCAGACUACCCUGGCUACCCACCUUCUGGCAACAAGCCCAACCCUCCCCCGAACCACCCUGGCCAGCCACCAGCGGGCGAGAAGCCUCCUACCCCAGACUACCCUGGCUACCCACCUUCUGGCAACAAGCCCAACCCUCCCCCGAACCACCCUGGCCAGCCACCAGCGGGCGAGAAGCCUCCUACCCCAGACUACCCUGGCUACCCACCUUCUGGCAACAAGCCCAACCCUCCCCCGAACCACCCUGGCCAGCCCCCAGCGGACGAGGUCUGCCCUCCUCCUGUCAUUGUCACCAAGACCCUCACCGUCUACGUUGAUAUCCCUGGCCCGACUCCUGUUCACGGUAAUGGCUGUGACCCCAACGUUCCCGGCUCGUGCCCUCCUGCCCCAACCAUGAGCACCUCUGGCGGUCCCCCCAACACUCCUGGUAAAUGCGACCCCAACGUUCCCGGAUCGUGCCCUCCUGGCUACCCAGCUGCUACCCCAAGCAAGCCUUCCGGCCCUGCUACCACCCCCGGUGGCUGCGACCCCAACGUCCCCGGCUCUUGCCCUCCUGGUCCUCCCGGCGGUGACGACGACGACGAGCCAUGCGAGAGCGAGGCCCCUACUCCCUCCGUUGCUGUUGACACUCCCAUCUACCGCACCGCCGAGGCCACUCCCUCUGUAUACGUUGACACUCCCAUGUACUAUACUCACGAGGCCACUCCCUCUGUAUACGUUGACACUCCCAUGUACUAUACUCACGAGGCCACUCCCUCUGUAUACGUUGACACUCCCAUGUACUAUACUCACGAGGCCACUCCCUCUGUAUACGUUGACACUCCCAUGUACUAUACUCACGAGGCCACUCCCUCCGUUGCCGUAGACACUCCCAUCUACCGCACCCCCGAGGCCACCACUGUCCCUCCCUACCCCACUGGCCCAGGUGACAAGGGUGUUCCCACACCUACUCCCACCGGUGGCUACGGCGACCACUACGGCAGCGGCGGCUACGGAAAGGGAUACUAA